AUGCCCCUCAUUCCCAAGUUUACCUUCUACAAAAGAUCCCGUCUUCAACCGCUCUACUCCACAUACAGUUUUCACAUACAAAAACCUCAAAAAAUGUACACCUACACUCCCACCCACCGUUUCCUGGUCCUCUCUGCCACUGAGUCUGGGCCAUACGACCCCAGCAACAAGUUCCUGGUGCUGUCCCCCACCGAGUCUGGCCCUGACCCUCGCGUCUGGGAGGACCAACCCCAGGUUGAGACUAGUUCAACCGAGCAGAGCCCUAAUGUGACUCUCAACCGUGCUCGUACCAACAGCUCUCUUUCAACUUCCUCCUCAUCCUCUCUCAAUGACCUUGUUGCUACCCUCCCCAACGGGUUCCUCUACCUCGGUCAUGGCAAGAAGCACUAG